UUUUCGAAGAAUUACAAGAACAUGAUCGGCAAACUGUAUGGCCAACAUGAGUUUGUGUCCCUGUGAGAUAUUUUGGCUAGCGCUGAUUUUAACGCCAGAACCACUUCCAUCGAAUUAAGGGUGAUUGAGGAAUGCUCGGAGGAUCCGACAGAUAAUAUUCAAGAGGAAACUGUCGUACAAAAUGCCGGAGAGAACAACGAAGUAAUCUGUGAAUGGGAAAUCUGAAAACCGGCAGUUGGAAAGCAAAGAUUAUUAUCAAGACUGCUUCGAAGGUUACAACGACAGCUGCCGAAAGCAAAGCAUUACCUAAACCGGCAAAACGAAAAUUUAGUUUAAGAAGGAAAUCUCGAGUCGAGUUUUGUGUUAAACCAGACGUUAGACAGGGAAAUGUGGAAUUAAGCACUACGGCAUCAGCUGUUUGGAAAUCCUGUAAACGUCCCUACUACAGUGCUGUGCCAUCAAAAAUUUUAUGUCUAGAAUGUAGGAAAACAUUAACGAGGUAGGGACCUUAAGCAUGGAGGACGGCAACACGACGAGGACAUGGUUGGAAUACUCCUUUAAAUAAAUGUUAUGCUGCCGUCGUCGUGCUCCCGUCCUACAUGCUUUAGGCACAGAGCAUACAGAGGUUUGAUGUUGUUAGCCAGUGCGCUAAAGAGAGGCCCUAUCCCCCCCCGAACAUUAUAAAUAGCCAUCGCUAUAUAAAUAAACAGAUCGCUCCCACUUCUAUACUCUUCUAAAGGAUAAGAACUAACAAAAUCUGGUUUUGAGAAAAAAAUUGAGCAACGUUUUUGUCAAAAAUACGAUUUCUCCAGAUAGUUCUGUCUCGGCUGUUUAUAUUCCAUACAUGUGUUCAAGCCGCCGCCAUAUGCAUGCUUUCCCGGGGGGAGAAGGCCUCUCUUGAGCGCACUGGCUAAGCCAGGGGUACGCAAAAUUAAUGGUGUCUGGCAACGCCGCGUUGCGCUGCGUUUUCCAUCCGGUCCGACGCAGCGAUUUCAGAUUUUAAAUAUUCCAGUUUUAAAUAUUCCAGUUUUUAGUACUCCUGGUCUUACCACCCCCCUAUUCAAUCAAUACGAUUGUAUGGUUGAAUAUUGACUGAAGUGUUAUUAGUUACCACUGUUGUGUGGAACUUUGUAUUGCAAGCAUUUCGCUUCAGCUUUCAAGCUGGAUCGUAAGUUCAAGUAAAAUUGUCUUGUGACUGAAACGGAAAGAAAAAAAGAUUAAAAAUGGCGCUCACAGUUGACCAGAUGCUAGAAAAGAUCGGGGAAUUCUACAAAUUCCAAUGGCUAUUGCUAGGCAUUUUUGGCUACGCCGUCUUCGCUCUCGAUGCAUUCCCUAUUAUGAUUGUGACAUUUAUUACGGCCGAACCAGAAUGGGAAUGCGUAAAAGGAUACAACACUUCGGUUUGUAAUUUUACGAAACCAAUUGGGUUAACCAGCGAUGAUUAUGAGGCAAGAUGUGAUAUGCCGAGGGACGCCUGGAGAUACGUUGAUGGAUUUACCUCAACAGUUACCGAGUACGAUCUAGUAUGUGAGAAGUCACUGUUACAGUCAGUUGCACAGUCAUGCUACUGGGUUGGAAUGUUGCUUGGUUUGAUCGCUGGUGGAUACUUGGCAGAUAAAUUUGGUAGAAAAAUUAUUUUCUACAUUGGUUCAGCUACCAUUAUUAUUGCGACAUGGAUAAUGAUCUUCCCAGAAUCUUUUAUUGUUUUUAUCGUAUGUCGAGUCUUUAUUGGUCUUGGCUCAGGUUUUCACAGCGUGAUCAACUUCGUUAUGCUCACAGAAUUCACAACAGAAAAACACCGUGCAAAAAUAGGUGUUGGUUCCUUCUAUUUCUGGGUGGCUGGUUUGAUGUUUUUGCCGUUGAUAGGCUAUUUUGUUACCGAAUGGAGAUAUUUUUUACUCGUAACUGCUUGCUUUGCAAUACCGUGCUUAUUCACAUGGUGGUUUAUUCCAGAGAGUGUACGUUGGUUGUUACUUCGCGGGAGAAAAACAGAGGCGAAAGAACAAUUGGAGAAGGUCGCUGCCAUUAACGGAAGAGAAAUGCCAAAUGAAAGCUUACAGAAUAUUGAAUCGAGUGGUGAAACUGGAAGUUUCAAACAUCUUUUUUUCAACUGGAAAGUGGCGAAAAUCACGUUGAUUAAUUGGAAUUUGUGGAUUGCAAACUCUUUAGUUUAUUACGGUGUUUCGUACGGCUCAGUUGAUCUUGGUGGAAAUCGAUACGUAAACUUCGCUUUAACAAGCAUUGUUGAACUCCCGUCCAAUAUUUUAUGCAUCUUCGUUGCUAACAGAUAUGGUAGGAAAAAAACGGUCAUUGUUGGUUUGAUUGUUGCUUGCAUUGCCGCCCUUAUUUCUGUCGCGAUACCUGACGACCAGUCUAAUGACGGAUAUACUGGUGGCAGAAUCUUUUUAGCUGUUUUGGCAAAGUUCUUCAUUAAUAUGGCAUUUUCAGGAAUUUUUAUCUGGAGCACAGAAUUAUUUCCCACAUUUAUAAGAGGUAUGGGGGUAAGUACAUCAUCGUCUGCUGCCAGGAUAGGAUCCUUUUCAGCAAGCUACAUUGUUUGGUUGAUUCGCAUUCAUUCCAUCCUACCGUUUGGAAUUAUGGGAAUUAUUUGCCUUGAAGCUGCAAUUGUGGCAACGUUUUUGCCCGAAACGAAUGGAAGACCAACUAUUGAAACAUUGCAUGAGAUGGUAAAUUACGAAGAGGCGAAAAGGCGUUCCGUGGUUAUGAGUGAAGUCAUUGCCAUCAGUAAAGCAGAAAUUAAUGAAAAUACACAUAUGUAGCACGUUUUUACAGGGUGUUUGGAGGUGGGGGGAGGGAAGGGCUGAGUGGGCUAUAGCGGGCUAUAGCCCCACACUUUUUCGACUACCAUUUAAGAGGUAAAGUACUACAGGGUCAGUAACUGCAUUUUCCUGACAGACAUUAUUGAAAAGCCCCGUGUGUUAAAUUAUGUUUUAUUAUGCACUAUAGUUGUGUUUUCAUAUUAAAAAUCACUAUUGGUCGCUGUCUAUCAUCUUAAUACGUUUUU